AUGGCGGAGAGGGAAUCCCUCCACGCCAGGGCCAGAGCUGCACCAGGCCUUUUGGGGUCCCUUCUGAUGGAUACCAGGCCGGAUGGCGGCCAAUGUCCUUUGGGGAGAUUCCCUUGUGGCAACGUAUCUGUCUGCUUGCCCCAGCUUCUCCAGUGCAAUGGGGCAAAAGACUGCAAGAAUGGGGCUGAUGAAGAGAACUGUGUGGAUGACAUUGGAUGGCCGAUGCUCUUAGGUGAAAUGCUCAAGAGCAACAAAAAGAGAAGCAGAAAUGAAAAGAAGACAGCCAACUGCAUUUACAGCCAGUUGCCAAGACCUUCUCCACUGACUGCAGUUCUCUUUGUUCUCAGCGCUAGUUCAGCACCCAGCAGAAUGCAGCUGCCUGGGGACAGCAGUACACUGUACAGGAGUCUGAAGAAGAACCAGAUCACCUCCCUGCUGGACCAGCAGUUCACAACUUACGCCAGGCUGGAGAAGCUAAUCCUCGCCAACAACAACAUCACACAGAUCUCCCCGUCUGUUUUUGUGGGGUUGAAAUCACUGCUUUUUCUGGACUUGCACAACAAUGCCCUGAGCGCAUUGCCCAAGACGUCCAUUUGUGCAGAGAUGCCAAAGCUAAAUUGGCUGGAUCUCGAGGGAAACCUACUCCAUAUCGUGCAACGUUCUGACUUCCACGGAUGCAACCAGAUCACAGUUCUUGAUUUGUCCUCCAACCAGCUGAAGGAGCUUCUGCCAUCAUCUCUGAAGGGCCUGCAAGAAUUACAGCAGUUGAACAUUUCAAAUAACCCUCUGCACCUGGUCUUUCCGGAUGAAUUUGACUACGUGCCCCGGCUACGCUCGCUGAGCAUUGAAGGUCUGGAGAUACCCAACAUCCACAGCCGUAUGUUUGAGAAACUUACAGAUCUGUCUCACAUCUACUUGAAGAAGUUCCACUACUGCAGCUUUGCUCCACAUGUGCGCCGCUGCAAGCCCCACACUGAUGGGAUCUCCUCCUUGGAGCACCUCCUGGCCAGCCUCGUCCUGCGCAUCUCUGUCUGGCUCAUCGCCUGCCUCACCUGCUUCGGGAACAUCUUUGUCAUCUGCCUGAGAUCCUUCGUGGUUCCGGAGAGCAGCAAGCACGCAAUGGCUGUCAAGUCUCUCUGCUUUGCUGAUUGUCUUACAGGCGUCUAUCUCUUCCUCCUCGGCAUUUUUGACCUCACGUUCUCAGGAGAGUACAAUCAGCAUGCCCGAGCCUGGGUGGCCAGCCUGCCCUGUCAGCUGGCGGGAGGCCUGGCCAUGCUCUCCUCUGAAGUCUCCGUCCUGCUGCUCACUUACAUGACCCUGGAGAAAUACCUGUGCAUCGUGUUCCCAUUCAGCCACUACGGGGCAGGAAGGAGGCGGACCCUUUCCAACCUGGCUGCCAUCUGGCUUCUGGGCUUUUCUCUGGCGCUGGUGCCUUUCCUCGCUUUUAAGAAUUACUACGGCACGAACGGCGUGUGCUUCCCACUCCAUUCUGACGGGACAGAGAGCUGGGCUGCUCGAGGCUAUUCUGCAGGGAUAUUCCUGGGUUUGAACCUCAUUGCCUUUAUCUGUGUAGUCUGUGCUUACACACACAUGUUCUACUCUGUCCACACAAGUGCAGCCAGGACAGCGGAGUGCAAUGUUUUCUCCAUGGACGUGACCAUCGCCAAGAGGUUCUUCUUCAUUGUUUUCACCAAUGCCCUCUGCUGGAUCCCCAUCUUCAUCCUAAAGCUUCUUUCCUUGCUGAAUGUGGACAUUCCAGGCACAGUAACAUCUUGGGUGGUCAUCUUUAUCCUGCCUAUCAACAGUGCUUUGAACCCCAUACUCUAUACCAUCACCACAAGCUUCUUCCAGGAGAAGUUCAAGCAGUAUCUGCAGAAGAACAGGUCACCCCUUCAGGAGACCCAAGGAACAGGCUCCAUCGCGGUAUCCUCACGCACCACCCGUGUCUGA